AAGAGGCGACGGGUCGGGCGCUAGCUAUCGUUCGCCGGCCACCAGUGCUGCUCGAACUGUUCCGCGGCUUGGUAUAGCGCGGUUCUAUAUAUCCACAAGUUUCAGUCGCGCCAAUUCAACAAUCUUGCCAGUUUGUUUACAGUGACGUGUGUGUAACUAAUUUCUAAACGUACCUACUCUUAUAGGUAGGAGGACUUAUCGAUCGACAUCGACAUAGUACAACCUAGUUGUACAAUGACCGUCCCAUCGCGAAUGGAUAAAACGCUGUGUCAAACAUUAAACUAUCAAGUGCUGUGUAACACGAUAAAUAUGGAUUCAAACAUACACUAAGUGCAGUUAAACUGUGUCCGAAGAUGGAUGGUGGUAUUUUGAGUACCCCGCGAAACAGAUUCCAAACACAACUGAAGAAUGCUGCGAGUGCUUUGUGCUCUAGGAAGCACAGGAGAAGCGAAGACAUGUCAGCCGCGGUGUUUAGUUCCGCUCGCCCUCACACUUAUCCUCGGGCGACAUCGACCAAACGGUCCACCUUAUCGUGCGGAAUAGAGCCCCAUGUUUGCGAACAGCAGACCAUCGCGUUAGAGACUAGUGAACCGUUCAUAGCUGACGUCAUUCAUGUCUAUGCUACGAAAUCUAAUGGAGUCUUUAAAGGAACUUUGGCAAGAGAGGUAGCGAAUGCUUGGGAGAGAAAGGUGGGCAAGCCAGACCAGCCGGCGCCCGCCAAUCGCGUCAAAAGCCUUUUCUACGACAUCCAGCUAUAUCCGACCGAUCCCCAAGUGUUCGAAAUGCUGGUCUGCGCCAGACAGUGUGCGCGACGCAAGUCGCUCACACUUACGUUCGGCGAGUUCUGCGUGUUCGCGGCCGAGCUGCGAAGGCAUUCGAGGCAGGUCAGACAGAGUCCAAACAAACCGGAGUCACCGCAGUGGAACGUAGAGAAGGAGUUUAGGGAGAGGGAGACAAUAUGCAAACCCAAUAUCGGCAGCGAGGCGUCGUCGCUGGACUGCGAAGUGUUCCUCGGAGGGUCCUGCAACCCCACCACCUGGCGAAAAGAGAUCGCUAUACCUAAACUGAAAAAGAUGGGCAUCACGUACUUCAAUCCCCAAGUGGAGAACUGGUCGACGGAGCUGAUGGAGCGCGAACACCGUGCCAAGUCGGACGCGCGCGCGCUGCUGUUCGUGCUGGACAGCGAGACACGCGCUAUCGCGGCUAGCGUCGAGGCGGCGCUCAUCGCCGCCACGCCCAAACUCCUGCUACUCGUCAUGCGCCCCUACUCGCGCCACCAGAAGAUCGCCCAGGAGUCUAUCACUGAUGAAGAGUACAUUGAGUUAUCGCGAGCGCGUGCGACGUUAAAAGAAGCCGUAGAGAGGAGAGGGUUGCCCACUUUCCAUGACAUUUCGUCGGCGCUCGACAGCGCCGGCGAGGUGCUCCGAGGGCGGAACCUGACACACCCGCGCCACAACAUCGGGAACUACAUCCACCGCCUGCGGCGGCUGUACGACGCGGCGGGCGGCCGGAGCGCCAAGCUGCCGCGCCAGCGCGCCGUGGACGCGCUGCAGGAGGCCACGCGGGUGCCGCGGGACGUCGCCGAGAGGAGCCUGCCCGCUGCCGUCGACCCUGUAGACUUUGACACGUUCUGCGCAGCCGUUGCUGAAAUCGCAGCUGACUCAGGGCCCAGGCAGUCGCCGCGGGCGGAGGGGGUGGCCGCUCGCCUGCGGCGCGCCUUCCGUUCCUUCUGCGACAGGUUCUCCCCGCUCGCCGCCGAGAGUCAAAGUCGGAAUGGCCGAGAGGAAGCGGGAGCGGCGGCGGGCGCGGAGGCAGAGCGCGGCGCGGAGAGCUCGCCGCCCGCCGGCCUGCGCGUGCACAACGCGCGGCUGCGCUCUUGCGGGCGGAAACUACCUCUCCUUAUACCCAAGAACGGCGGCAACAGAAGUGAACCCGAGAGCGGUGGUGACUCGGUGCUGACGCCCGGCACGGAGCGUCGACUCGAGGCGCUCCCGGCCAUGCUGGGGGCACCCACCUACGACGUCUACCUCGGCGGAACUUUCCCGUCCGGCACCCGUCCCGACGAGACGCUGCGCCGCGAGGGCUAUACGUACAUAAUGCCGCGGCCGAACGACUACGCGCGCAUGUACUCUGCGCCGGCGCGACGCUCGGCGCCCGCACACCCCGAGUCGCCGCGCCGUGACAAGAAGCCGCGGCCCAUGUCGCCCGAGUCGUCAGAGGACGUGACGCUGCGCUCGCGGGACACGGACUCCGCCGCCGCGCCCGCCGGCGACCGCCUCAGUGCCAGCGACUUCUACAACGUCACCGAUGACGUGACGCCGCAGCCCUUCAAAGGAACGUUCGACGAGGACCAGUUGCUGGGGUCGCGCGUGCUCGUGUUCUCAAUCAGCGCGGAGGCGCCUUGUUUCGCGACCAUGGUGCUGGCGGCGCACUACAUGGGCCUGCAGACUUCCAAGACGGUGCUCAUCGUGCAGCCCAUGGACCCUGCCGCCUCGCAUCCGUACAGCAAAGUAGCCGUGCAAGAUUACAACCGAGGGCGGACGUACUUGUCGGACCUGGCGAAGCGGGAGGGCAUCCCCGUGUUCGACAACGUGGACGCGGCCAUGGAGUGCGUGCUCGCGCGCCUGCAGCCCGCCGCGUAGCCCGCCCGACUGCGCGUGACUACAUGCCGCACUCUCCUUCAUGUUUAGGAUCAGCUAAAGCGGGAUCAUGUCUGACAAUCCUGGACUCGUGGAAUGCGUGCAAACUAUACGGGUGAAUCGUAAAGCGUGGAUACUUACUUCAGCAGGAGAUUGUAUACGUGAAUAAGUGAUACGUAGACCGAGCUUGUCUAUACGAUAUGCACAGACUUUAGUAUACAUCACAUUUUAGUUUUAAUAAUAACCACGUAGGUUUAAAUUUUAGGAAAAAAUAGGCUGACUAAACUGAUUUUACGUGAUUACAAUCGCCUGUUGCAAUGGUACUGUAUUUGGACUCGGGAACGACUUCUUUGAUGAAGGUGGCGCUCAGUUUAACAAAUCUGGCUGUGUAUAUGACUUUAAGCCACUCGCACUCAGACACAUCGAUUAACAGAAGCGCAAGGGGCAUGGCCAAGCUAAGAACAGUCAACUCCAAUCAAAAAUAUAGAUUAUGGUUGAAAAUGAUCAUGCCGAUCCAUUUUUUACUUUUCGAACACGAAUUAUGUUUGUUACAUUGGCUACGCCCUUUGAUAUGGCUAACAGUCAUCUCAACCUUUAGGCCUAUAUAGAACUGUGAGUGUUAUGAACCUUAGUUCAUAAUGUCAUGAAUCAAGAAUACAGUCCGGCCGCUUCAUGUCUGCCUACACUUAAUAAAUGCUACAGGUAAUCUAAUCUAAUGAAUAUUUAUUAUUUAAACUAUACAAGGUGCCCGUGAGCAUUGCGAGACAUUUUAACUAAGCAUUCCUGGUAAUAUUUAGAAACUAAAAUGUCUUAGGCCUAGUUUCAGAGAUAAUUAAAUGUUUUUCGAAAUCAUUCUUUCGUCAUAAGUCGGUACAAAACACAUUUUUGACUGCGGUAUUGCCACUUUGAGGUCUAGUCUGAACAUACCUAUUGAUUGACAUCGAAAAAUUAAAAAAAUAUAUUCGAGAGGCUACCCCCAAAUAAAAAAAAAACUUUAUGUUUAAUUUUAGAUUAUGUGUUUAUCAAUAAAAAUUACGUUUUAUGUACAAGGAGUGUUCAAAAAAAAAGGGAAAAAAAAUUGUUUUUUGUCGAAUUUCACAAAAACUCAUAACAUUUUUUGCUUCUGUUGCCAUCAGGAAUGCACCGUUAAAAUCUGUCGCAAUGCUCACGGGCACCUUGUAUAACUAUAUACAAUUUUACACUUUCAAACAAUUGGAAUCUCAUGUAUUGUGUUGUCCAUAUUUAUGUGCAAGUGUUCAUUUGUGUUAUUCGUUAUAUAUAGUACGAUUCUCACGGUACAUGAAGCAGCUAGUAUCACAAAUUAUGUAAUCCAACACAUCACAAAUACUAUCCAUCACGGAACGUUGUUGGCGACGAAGUCUCACACUGCGUGUACUUAUUAAUUACAAGUUUAGUUUAGUACAAAGAUUGUCUCUCUUUAAUUUAGGCACUCUCUAUUGUAUUAUACCUAUUACAUUAUUUUGUAAUGCAUAGGAAUAGGCACUAAAUUUUUAAUGCAAUUGUACUAAGAACAUGUGAGCGAGUAUGAAAGGCGAAGGUUUUAAAGAGGUAGUGAGGAUACAAGGAUACAACAAAUCUCUGUGAUUAAUUUGUUUAGAAAAAUAUAAUAUUAUUUUGAAUUUUCAAUGCAUAAGCUUAGUUUAGUAAUAAUGUAAGAUUGUUCGUCUGGAAAUGGUCAGACAGCGCAUUAAUGUAAUAUGUGGUAUGUCUCCCCGACGCGGUGCGCGGCCGUCCACUGUCCGCCGCCGCCUCCGAGCAGCUGCCGAUGGCGGUUACUGACGUCGUGCGUGAGGCAUAUGGCCUCGUCGCAUCGUGGGAAUCUAUUUGGAAAAGCGGUAAUAAUAAAAGUACAAAUCAUCUUGCUCACGUAGCAAAGUAAAUGUUGUAAAUUUUCAAGUGGGAAAGUAAGAAAUAUCGAUUUACUCUUAUCGGUAUAUCACCUUAUACUCAUUUUUAUUACAUCUUAGAUUAUUGUAUUUUUAGAAUUGAAUAUGAAUAAUAUUUAAUACAAAAUGAUUAAAUUAAUGCUUGUAAUUUGAUAAUCACAACUCUGGGCUUUGAAAGCUUUUAGAGCCUCGGUCCAAGCCUAAUCUAGUAACUAGUAUAUAUAAUAAGAUAUUAAGUUUUACAAUUUUGACCCACUGUCACUAAAACUAUUACAAUUUGAUAUAUUUCAGCAAAAAAUAUUUUGCUAGUCACACUACCCAUAACAUGUAUCAGUACUUUAUAACAUUAUCUGAUAGUACAAAUAUCUAAUUUAUAGAAAAUGAUAAAAAUUAUAUAUUAAUUAAAUAUAAUUUUAUGCCAUGUACGCUUAUUUUAAACUAAUUAUUAUGUAAAUAGAGGAAUUUGUAAUCA